AUGAAAUGGAAUAAAGGUGCAAAAGAAGGCAUUGUGGUCGCUGGAGGACAAGGCUACGGGAAUAAAACAAUUCGCAGGUCUUUUCCUAGAGGAAUCUUCGCUGAUACGUUGGGUACACUCUAUGUAGCAGACUCGUCGAAUAAUCGUGUAAUGCGUUGGACUCAAGGAGACAAGAAACGAGGCACUGUAAUUGUGGGUGGAAAUGGCAUAGGAGCAGGAGCAAAUCAGUUCAACGACCCCGUUGGUUUGUCUUUCGAUCGACAUGGUAAUCUCUAUGUCGUCGAUGAAAAUAAUACUCGAGUUCAACGAUUUUCUAUCGAAUAA